GUUCAACUGGAACCCCCAUGAUCGCAAUGCUAUCAGACCUCUUCCCACAUUAUUACUUCCCACCACGACCACGACAUGCUACUGUCGUACUUUGAACAUCGUAAAGCAUGUCGCGUGAAACAGGAAGAACGACGAAAUCGUAUUGCACGCCUUCCGGACGACUUCCACAACCCUUUAACUACCGAAGAGAAACGGAUUCUGGACUUACCCGUAUCUGAACUCGCAGAGAAUGUUCGAAAAGGACGAAUACAACCACAGGCAUCUCUAACGGCGUAUGGAAAAGCUGCGUUGCUCGCUCACAAAGAGACGAAUUGCCUCACGGAAGUGAUGAUAUCGGAAGCGCUAGAUUGGGCGAAGGACUGUAACAUGGAUGGUCCUCUGGCAGGCGUUCCAGUGAGCUUGAAGGACAUGUUGGGCGUGAAAGGGUUCGACUCCAGCGUUGGGUACUCUGCAUGGGUCGGAAAACCUUUUAAAGAACACUCAGCCAUUUUUAACCUCCUCCGCGAUGCCGGUGCGAUUCCUUUCGUGAAAACAAACGUUCCAAUCACCCUCAUGUCCUACGAAUCCUCUUCGGACCUCUUUGGUGUCACGACGAACCCUCACAAUCCUGAUCACUCACCCGGGGGUUCUUCAGGUGGUGAAUCAGCUCUAAUUGCCUACGGCGGAUCUCGGAUUGGUGUUGGUUCAGAUGUAGCUGGGUCGGUGAGAGUGCCGGCACAUUAUUCAGGGAUAUAUUCCAUCAAGGCAUCAGUGGGGAGAUUUCCAAAGGCGGGGAGUGGGACGAGUAUUCCCGGGCAAGAAGGCGUGCCUUCUACUCAUUCGCCAAUGACGCGAACCUUGGAGGAUUUAGAGACAUUCUGGAGAGCAGUCGUCAAGAUGGAGCCGUGGAAGUAUGACUACAGUUGUUUGGAAAUUCCAUGGCGUGAGGUCGAUUUACAACACAAGAAACUCAAGUGGGGCGUUUUCUGGGAUGAUGGGAUCGUCAAGCCUUCUCCGGCUUGUAAACGUGCACUGCAAACCGUUGUGAACGCUUUGCAAGACGAUGGUCAUACUACAGUCUCGAUAAACCCUCCUAGUCCUUACGAAGGUCUCAAGAUAGCUUCACAGUUAUUACUCGCAGAUGAAGCCAAGGUCAUAAUCGGUCCCAUUCGAUUUGGAGAGUGGUGUGAUUCGGGAAUACAACAGAUCAGAAAGUGGUUUGUCACUCCUUGGUUCCUGAAGAAAGUCUACAUCUGGUAUACUCGAUACAUACGCCGGGAUGAUAUCUACGCGGGCUUGCUGGAAGGUGUGAUGUCGGAGAAGAAGAUCACGGAAUAUUGGCCUAUCAUCGCUCGUCGAGAAGCCUACCGUAGGGAGUGGUUCGAUAUGUGGAACAAGGAAGAACUGGAUUUCGUGCUUACGGUUCCGAAUGCUCUUCCUGCAGUUCCGCAUCGAGGUAUGAAGACGGGAGCUCAAGGGGCCGGAUACGCGGUAUUGUUUAAUAUGCUUGACCACACUGCUGGGGUUUUACCAGUGACUCAUGUUGAUCCUGUGAUCGAUAAAGUGUCUCAACCGACGAAAGCGAGAAAUGCCAUCGAGGAAGACUUAUACAAGAUGUACGAUCCCGUGAAGAUGGCUGGUCUCCCGGUCGGGGUCCAGAUUGUCGGAAGGCGUCUGCAGGAAGAGGGGGUGUUAGAAGGGAUGAAGCUGGUAGAAGCUGCAUUGAGGAGGCGAGGAAUACAGUAUCAAUUAUUGAAGAAAUGGUAAAACUUAUAACAACGACACAGCAGAGAUCUACGAAUGUGACACGAACACUAAAAACACAGUCAGAAGUUCUUAACCUGUGAUAGAAAUA